AAGCAACCGGCUGAUUUAGAGGAUCACAGAUCACAUUUUGCUUGAUUUGUAAAUUUCCAAUUUUACUUUCGCUUUGAAUUUCGGAUUUUAAUUUUAGACUUGUAACGUUAUCAAAAUCAUUGCAUCAUGAAGAAGGGCAAGCGCAUCCUUCGCAUCAAAAACAAGAGCGAUAGCCUCGACAAAAACGAGGAGAGCGACACUGAAAUGCAGACUGAGGAGGAUGAGUCCGUUAAAGAAAAGCAGCAGGUUGCGACCAGCAAGACCCACAAUGUCACUGCUCUGAACGAUUUCAAACUACAAUCUCAAAUUUACCUGGACCGUCUGGACGAGACGUACGAGCAACAUGCCCAGGCUCUUCGGUUGCAGUACAAGAAUUUGUUUCUGAUCAUUGAGAAGGACAUUCAGGACCUCACUCUGAGGCAGUUCAAUAGAUUGAAAGAAAGCUACAUGCAAGAGCAAAGUGAAGAAAUGGAGGUCAAUGAAGUGGAUGAAGAGGAAGAACAACCAGUUGUAAGGCUGCAGACGCAAUCACCAAAUGUCACGAGCACCAAGAGGACAAGGAGUUCUAACAAGAAAGCUGAGGAGUUGGUCAAAGUUGUUGAAGUUCCUAUUGAACCUAUACAGGAAAAUGAAAUUGCUGAAGAGGCUGAGAACUCUGAUGAGGAGGACAAGAGAUCUUCCCAACCCAGACAUUCCGAGCUUGUGCCUUACAACCCUAGGAAAACCCGAUCAAUGCUUAGGGUUUCCACUGGAGGUAUCAGCUAUGAAAACAUGCCAGGAAAUAUGCUUACUGGAAUGCAGCACCCGAUGACUAACAUUCUGCUGCAAGAUGGAACGGUGGUACCAUUGAUGCCUCUGCCCAUGAAAUCUAUUGGAAUGUUGCCGGAGAUUUCUCCCAACAUUUUCGAGAACCUCUUGAUGUUGGGAGUAAAUAUCAACAAUGUAGCUCAAGCUUGGGCCAAGCAGCAGAAAGAGUUGGGACCUGUCAUGAAAUCCAUUGCUGCCAAAGUGGCUAAGAAAAAGUGAAAAUAAUAUUCUAAGUUAAUGUCUUUAAAAAUUUGUAAAAUACGUUACUUAAAAAUGGACUGAAAACUGAUUGUGCGACCGAUUGGCCUUUAAAUUAACAGUGAAUUGAAGGCGAUUUACAUUUAACAGGUAGCAAUUCUGGGAUAUGUUAAGAAUGUUAAUAGGCAAAUCCAAAUCUUUUGAAACAGACUUGUUGAAUUGCAUUGAACACAACACACUGAAGAUCUAUGUAUAUACUGAUGCUCUCAUGUGAAAUCUCAACUAAUUUAAUUUUAUCUUUUCAAUAUGUAUUGCAAGAACAAAAAUAUAUUUUUUCUGGAUUAUUAGAUUCUUAAAUAAAGUAUAAGCUGAUUUUAAUUACUAAGCUUUAAA